AUGGGCAAAGGUAAGGCGAAGAUAGCGAUCAAGAAAAUCGAGUCUUUGCAGGCCCGCAAUGUCUGUUUCACGAAGCGCCGCAAGGGGUUGUUCAAGAAGGCGGCGGAGCUCGGGCGCCUCUUCCCCGAAGUUCGAAUCGCUGCUGUUGUCUUCUCUCCUGCAGGAAACCCAUACGUGUUUGGUGAUGUUUCGGAGAUGGAGAAGCUGUUGGCCAUGGAGGAAUCAAGAAACGAACUGUUAACAUCUGAAGAAACAGAAAAAGGAGAAGAAGAAAACGCGGGUUCUGAUCCGGUGGUGGAAGUUACGGCGGCUUUGAAUACUUCGGAUUCUACUCCGCAGGAAAUCACUGAGAGUGGGGAUAUGGCUUUGAAUCCUUCAAUCGUAAGUGAUUUUACUAUGAAGGAAGUUACUGAGAAUAAGAAUGCCAGGUUUUGUGUUCAAGAUACCACUUUUGCUUCUUCUUCUCAUUGUCUGGAGAUGCCCAUUGUAGAUUCUGAUUUCUUGGCAGCCGAUUUUGAUGGAUUUGAUGAAGAAGGGUUUGUCAAUCAGUUUUUCAAUUUUUGA